AUGGCCAAUACUGGCAAGUACAACUGCAGUGAGUUUGAAACUCCAGAUGGAGAUUAUUAUGAUGUCAUUGAGCUGCCGUAUGAAGGGGGAGAGCUCAGCAUGUUGAUAGCUGCACCUUAUGAGAAACAUGUACCACUGUCCGCCAUCACAAACAUCCUGACUUCAGAGCUCAUCAACCAGUGGAAAGCCAAUAUGAAGAAAUCAACUCGUCUCCUCGUUUUGCCCAAGUUUUCUUUGGUCAGUGAGGUCAAUCUGAAGACUCCUCUUGAGCGCCUCGGCAUUGAAGACAUGUUCUCAGAGGAAAAAGCCGACUUUAGCCGCUUAUCAAAUGAAAGGCCACUGUAUGUGUCAGAAGCAUUCCAGAAAAUCAAAGUUGAAGUGACGGAAAGUGGAACGAGAGCUUCAGCUGCUACAGCUGCCAUUCUAAUGGCUCGUAUGGCUCCUCUUGAAGUCAUCAUGGACCAUCCUUUCUUGUUCCUCAUUCGACAUAACCCAACAGGUAUGCUGCUGUUCAUAGGACAAGUCAUGGAGCCAUGA